AAUUAACAGUAGCUUUAAUAGCUGGGGAGAGCUUUGUCCGUAUAUUUAUUUAUAUUAAGUUAUAAAAUGUUAAGUUAUAAUAGUUCAGAAGUGCAUCUUGGAUGAGUUGCAUUAGUGUCUAUGGAAUAAUAAGAUACUUAGAAACUGAGCAAACAUUAGAGCAACUCAACCACCAGGCACUUCUAGAAACAUUCUUUAAAAUAUUACCCCACAGUGACUGAUCGAAUGUUCAUCUUAAUAUGAUAUAUUGAGUGCAGUGAUGUAUCGUUUGUGUGUCGUUGUGUGUGUCGUUGUGUGUGUCGCGCUUGCGCAGUAUGAAGGACAAUCGUGCAGUAAUGGUGCUGCCGUCUGCCGGAGGAUCCAGAACUGCCCAGCUGCUGUGGAAGCUAUCAGGAAACGACAAAAGACGCCAGAGAUAUGCUCAUUCUCAGGAACGGAUCCCAUAGUGUGCUGCCCGGAGUCGAAUCCCGCUCCCGUAGCCACCACGACUAGAAGGCCCAGCAGCACUACGACGGAGUAUGUUCCGCCCGUGUACGAUUAUGUGGAGAACAACGGAGCAUCAGCCACAGACUCCUGCGAGCCGCUGUCUCCCAACAUGACGGCUGCCAAGACUGGCCGAAAGGCCUGGGACAAAUGUAUUGACUAUCAGCAGCAGCUAGUAUACCCGUGUUCCAAGGGGGUGGCACUAGUAGGGGGGAUGACGAGACAGAACCGCUGCCACCACGCCGUCACAGACCUCAUCGUGGGAGGAGUAAGCGCGGCCAAGGAUGAGUUCCCCCACAUGGCUCUGCUGGGGUUCGGUGAUGACCCUCAGGCGGUGUCAUGGGCCUGCGGGGGGACACUCAUCAGCGAGAGAUACAUCCUGACCGCUGGACACUGCACCUUUAGCAGAGAAGCCGGACCAGUGACGUAUGCCCUCCUGGGUGUACUGAAGAGAUCCGACCAGGUGGACAGCUCUAGCCUGUAUAAGAUCAGACGCAUUAUUAAACACCCCCAGUACAGCCCUCCACGGAGAUACAACGACAUAGCGCUUCUGGAGACCGACAGAGAUGUUAAGCUGAGCGAGUUUGUCGUGCCAGCUUGCCUUGACGUUGGCGCCCCAAACAAAUACGAGACGGCGUGGGCGACAGGCUGGGGCGCCACGAUGAACCGGGGCGCUACUGCUGAUCAGCUACAGAAGGUGAAGCUGACUCAGUUCUCGAACAGCGAGUGCUCAGAAUUGUUCGGGCCUGACCGUCUCAUGAAGAACGGGUACGACGCCCAGACUCAGGUCUGCUACGGAGAUAAAAACAAGUCGAAGGACACCUGUCAGGGAGACAGCGGCGGUCCGAUACAGCUGAAGCACAGACAGAUAAACUGCAUGUACACAGUGGUGGGCGUGACGUCAUUCGGACGAGCGUGCGGGAUUGUUGGUGAGCCCGGCAUUUACACGCGCGUCGCGGCUUACGUGCCUUGGAUCGAGAGUGUGGUCUGGCCAUAGAUGCACACAUAGAUCUUACAAUAUUUUCAUAAGAUUGGUUGUUAACAUUCGAAAAUUUUAGAAUUGCGGAAACCCAAUUAUAAUGAAUUCUUAUAUCCGACAGACACAAAUUUUCGCACUGUACCUGUCAAUGUAGCUUCUACCUUCUUUUUUACAAUUUAAGUGGAAAAGCAUCUUGAAUAAAGUACUCUAAUAUUUAAUUAUAUUAUAUCUAUUGAAGCUGAAAAAUUGUAUGAAUGUUUUAGUAAAGUGUCUUAUAUAUCUUAUCAUAAACCGAGUCAUUCCUGUAUUCUGUAUAAAACUCACGCUUAAAUGACCGGUACUUCUUGUGACUGAAAUUGACUUGUAUAAAUUUUAUAUUGAACAUAUUUAAAAACAA